AUGGCGGUCACGUACCUGUGCGCGCUGCAUUUACUUUUCUAUCUCAGCUUGCGGAGAUCAUGCGCCGUGGUGGACGCGUCACCGCCGGAGGACAGAGAGACACUCGGUUCAGCCCGCGAACGCAUCUUUGACCGCGCGGCGUUUGACAGGGACUCGCAGGAUAUUGUCACCUUAAAUAUGUACAGAAUUUAUGAUAAAUAUACUAAAGAGCAUCGCCAACGGGACGGGAAUACCGUGAGGAGUUUCAAGGCUGUUCCAGAAGAUUUCCACAUAACUGUUUUUAAAAUAUUUUGCCCUGCAGUGUUCUCCAACAACAAGGUCUUGUUCCAAUUUAACCUGACCUCCAUCCCAGAGGCAGAGGUCGUCGUCGCGGCAACGCUUCACUUCCUGGAGCCACCUCGUUUGCGCCGGCCCUGGAGCUGCCGCCGCCCCCGUGGCCCAUCCUGCCGCCCCCCCCCUGCGGUGCCCCCUCCUCCUGCUGGGCGCCUGGUGCUGAGGGGGGGGUCGUCCUCUGCCACACGCCUCGCCACCCUGCCGCUGCCCCCCCACCGCCGCACCGGCUGGCUCCUGCGGAACGUCUCCUCUCCCGUCCGACAGGCCCGCGCUGCCGGCCACCUGCUCCUCACCGCAGAGUUCGAGCCCGACGCCGCCGCCGAGCGGCACCACCAGCAGCAGCGGCGCCUGGACUGGGCCGUAGGGUCCGGGUCGUCGGGAGACGGGUCAGGGCUGGCGCUGCCGUACCUGCUGGUGUACACUGACGAUCGGGGCAUCGGUGAGCCCAACAGCGUGGCUGCCACCCUGCAGCGGUACGGCCCGUUCCCCGGCGCAGAGGAGCAGCAGAGCCAGAACCUGGGACAUAACCACAACCUGGGACAGGACCGAAACCUGGGGCAGAACCGGCCAAGACGGGAGGCGGAACACCUUCGGAACAACCUGCUGCCUGACCUCCACCACACGGAACCCAAGAACAGGGAACUCUGGGAAAACACCUACUUCCCUUUCAAACCGAAAUUCGCCAGCCGAGACACACACCACACACACUCUCACACGCAUGCGGGUCGAGACUCACACGUCACACACAUGGGUCGAGACUCACACGGCACACACUCUCACACACUUGACGGUGUAGACGCUGUGAGCCCCCCUCAGGGGGGCGUGGAGGAGGAGGGGGGGGGGUCUCGGGUGCUGAAGUUCGACGAGCGGACGAUGAAGAAGGCGCGCCGGCGGCAGGGGAACGAGCCACGCGUGUGCUCCCGCCGCUACCUCAGGGUCGAUUUCGCCGACAUCGGCUGGAGCGAGUGGGUCCUCGCCCCCAAGGCCUUCGAGGCAUUCUACUGUGCUGGAACGUGCAGGUUCCCUAUUCCCAAGGUGGUUCGCCCCUCUAACCACGCCACCAUCCAGAGCAUCGUCAAGGCGGUCGGAAUCAUUCCCGGCAUUCCGGAGCCCUGCUGUGUUCCGGAUAAGAUGAGCUCACUGCCGGUCCUGUACCUGGAGCCGGAGCGGAACCUCGUUCUGAAGGUUUACCCCGGAAUGUCUGUGGAUACCUGUGCCUGCCGGUGAGGUCAGGGAACCAGCAGUCUGUCUCUCUCUCACACACACACACACACACCUGUGCCUGCCGGUGAGGUCCGGGACCAGCAGUCUGUCUCUCUCUCACACACACACACACACACACACACACCUGUGCCUGCCGGUGAGGUCAGGGACCAGCAGGACUCUCAGCAGAGCUGGAAAAGACUUCAACUCCCCCACAAGACUACCGGGACCCACUCAAGAUCAUGAGAAAAGAACAAGCAGUCUGUCUCUCUCUCUCACACACACACACACACACACACACACACACACCUGCUCAAGUUCAUGAGAAAGGAAUGAACAGUCUGUCUCAUGCAGAGACACACACAUGCACACAAACUCUCCCUCUCACACACUCGGGCACAUACACACUCACACACACAGGGACUCUCCCUCUCACACACUCAGACAUACACACUCAGACAUACACACAGUGACUCCUAUAAUGGACCUACAAUAUGAUUCUAUGAAUGCUCAAGAGAGCAGAAGUGAAAGUUGUUCUCCAUGUUUCUAAGCCUCAAAUUCACUCAGUUCCACAGUUGUUAAUGAACGGUGUGAUGUUACACUGAAACGUGUCCUGGGUUGGAAGUCAUUUAAGAGAGAUCUGUGUGGUCCGUGCAGAUUAGCUCAUAGACCAUUUCAGACAUGUGAAUACAAACGCAUAGAAAUACGAGAGUAGCUCUUCAUUCAGACACGUGAAUAGAAAAACUCAUAGAAAUAUUUUCCUGGCAGAACCUUAUUUUUUGCAAAUAAAUGAUCUGUAGGUCUCAUAGUAAGCUAACCCUAUGGAAUGGUCCAGCCUAGUUAGUUUAUGUAAAAAAGUGUCAGUUGCUGUGAACUUAAAGAUUGGCCAAUACUGCAUGCCUAUAGCUGUCCCUCAGAGAUGAGCUAGUGCUGCCACCUGCUGCCCAUUAGGUGGAAGUGAUCUUAAUUGUCUGAGGAAUGGGUGAACUCUCCAUGAUUUAAACAGUAAACAUAUGGACAUUCAGUCAACACAUCUCCUCAAUAGUCCUCCCUCAGGUCCUCUCUCUGGGUCAGGGCUAGUAGGGGAGCUCCUCUAUAGUCCUCUCUCAGGUCCUCUCUCGGGGUCAGGGCUAUAAGGGGAGCUCCUCUAUAGUCCUCUCUCAGGUCCUCUCUCGGGGUCAGGGCUAUUAGGUGAGCUCCUCCAUAGUCCUCCCUCAGGUCCUCUCUCGGGUCAGGGCUAUUAGGGGAGCCUCUCUAUAGUCCUCUCUCAGGUCCUCUCUCGGGGUCAGGGCUAUUAGGUGUGUUUGGGUAUUCAAUCAGUUUUAUGAUUUCUGCUCAGACAAAGUACCAGUACGUUAGCAAAACAUAUCUCAGAGUUGUGCACAUAUAUAUAUACAUAUAUAUAUAUAUGAGCUAUAUAUUUGUAUUCAAUGUACAUAACCGUAACCCAUAUGCAUGUAUUAUACUGUCUUUACAUGCAUUAUUUGCUUUGCAGAUUAUUUCCUGUAACUUGAAUAUAUUUAGUUUCUGUGUGGUGCCUUUUUAGACCACACACAUGUUGAUGUGAUAUUCCACUAUUUAAGUGCUAAUUAGCUAAAGUUUUAACUGUGUUCUCCUCUUUAAGUGCUAAUUAGCUAAAGUAUGACCAGUGUUCUCCUCUUUAAGUGCUAAUUAGCUAAAGUAUUAACAGUGUUCUCCUGUUUAAGUGCUAAUUAGCUAAAGUAUUAACAGUGUUCUCCUGUUUAAGUGCUAAUUAGCUAAAGUAUUAACAGUGUUCUCCUGUUUAUAUGCUAAUUAGCUAAAAUAUGAACUGUGUUCUCCUGUUCCUGUUCCUGUUCGGUUCUCCCUCAGGCUAUAGGUAUUUAACAACAAACAAGUCAGAAACUCACUAUCUGCUGUACUGCAGUGUACAUUUGAGAACUGGAACCUCUAACACAACACUCUGACAUCGCUGUGGUUCCUCAGGAGAUAUCACGAGUUCUACAGUCUUGCCCAUAUUAAUCAGGAGAUAGCACGAGUUCUAAAGGCCUGCCCAUAUUAAUCAGGAGAUAUGUGAAUAUAUCGUCAUCUUCAGUCCUGCCCAUUAAUCAGAGUACAGUAUGUGAAUAUAAUGUCAUCUUCAGUCCUGCCCAUAUUAACCAGAGUACAGUAUGUGAAUAUAAUGUCAUCUUCAGUCCUGCCCAUAUUAACCAGAGUACAGUAUGUGAAUAUAAUGUCAUCUUCAGUUCUGCCCAUAUUAACCAGAGUACAGUAUGUGAAUAUAAUGUCAUCUUCAGUUCUGCCCAUAUUAACCAGAGUAUGUGAAUAUAUUGGCAUCUUCAUUCUUUCCCCUGUUUGUUUGCAGAUGUUAGUCAAGUAGUGACCGAAUAAAUCAUUCACUAAAAACAG